AUGAACCUGGAUUCGUUAUCAUUUACUUUGUCACAAAUAACUUAUUUGGUGGCAAAUUUGUCAAAGAAAAACCUAAAACAUAGUACUCAGGAACUAGCCAAUUUGGUUUUGUCUCACGGUCUUGAAGCUGAUCGGCAUUUAUUGCGUUGCCUAUUUUCCCACAUUGAUUUGAGCACUGAGGGAACUAAAAAAACCAACGGCAACAGCAAAGAUUGUCUUCAGAUUCAGCUGCUAAUUCAAGAAUGUGCCAAUCUCAUAUCAAAACCUACAUUGAUUUCUCAUGUUUGCUAUGCUGUAGAUAAUCCAUUACAUCAUCAAAAGACCUUAAAACCAACCCCUCACUUUUUUGGACAAUUACGAAAAAUUCUUAAGUUGACACCAGUUCAAGAAGUGGUAUUUGGCUUAGCUUUAGUACAUUCUUCAAAUCCUGAAUUUCAAAAGCUGUCUGUUCAGUUUACUAGGCAAAAGUUGCCUGAUCUUAUUGGGUCAUAUAUUGACGCCGAAACUUCAAGUAGUAGACAACAGGAAGGAGGACUUCACGAUACGACGCCUGAAGUUUUGCAUUUAAUAUUAACCAGUUUAACUCAAGAUAAAUUUUCAAUCAGUGUUGAAACAAAAACUGUUUUUUGGAAGCGUUUACAAAGAGACUUCCCGCGUGAACACGUGCCUGUCAUUUUAGCGCCUUUGUUAUAUCCGAACAGACCGGAUUUGCCAAUGGAAAAAAUUAAUCAAGAAACAACAAUAAUGGCCAGUAAUAUUUUAGAAAAUUCACUGCCUGAUCUCAUUAUGGAGAUGGGAUAUAAUUUUUGCUCUUCAAUUGAAGAGUGUAAAAACAAUCUUAUAAAUUUUAGUGCUCGAGAUUUGCCCCCGGGAGCCGUUGCUCGUGUUAUAACCAUGAUGAUUCGGUCUCAUACCGGUUUGGGAGAUCAAAUAAAUUUACAAAGUUUACAAAAUCCACCCAAUUUUUGGGGUAAUGAAAAAAGUGAUAAAACUCCGAAUGAUUUAAAUCAUCCUACAACAUGGAAUAUGGAAAAUUUUAUACAAGCCGUUAAAGAGUUAUCUCCAAAUAUAUCUUGGAGAGACGUUGUUUCCGAACUGGAUAAUCCUGAUUUUUUGAUCAAAGACCGGCAAGGCUUUAACUUAUUAUUUAGUGGGUUACGUUUAAUGUUCGGUGUUUUGUAUCAACCUUUCCCGAUUGAAUUGUUUUAUCGGAAGUGGAAGAAUACAGAUGGUCAGUACUCAUUAAUAAUGCAGAUUUUGAAGAAUCCGGACACUUUUAGUUUUGCAGAUUAUCCAUAUCAUUCUGUAACUGUGGAUAUUUUAAAAGCUACUCCGGAAAGUGACAAUAAAGAAAUCACGACUUGGAGAUCCUUAGAUCUAAUUGAAACGUUACUCUACCUGUCUGACAGAGGAUUAUAUAGCCAAGUGCAAGAGUUAUUUAAAUUUCCAGUUCAUCAUUGCCCUGAUGUCAUAGUACUUGGCUUAUUGCAAAUUCAGCCUCCUCUAACCGUUUUAAGGCAAGAAUUACUUACUAAUCUAAUGCCAAUAUUUUUGGGAAAUCAUCCAAAUUCAGCUAUUAUACUUCACCAUGCAUGGCAUUGUGUCAACAUUUCAAUUAAACCUAUUAUUAUGCACGCGAUGGCUGAGUGGUACCUAAGAGGAGACAACGAUCAAACUCGACUGUCACGAAUUUUAGAUGUAGCUCAAGAUCUCAAGGCUCUAUCUUUACUAUUAAAUGCCCAAUCAUUUCCUUUUGUGAUUGACUUAGCCUGUUUGGCAUCUCGAAGGGGAUAUUUAAAAUUAGAUAAAUGGCUUACCGACAAAAGUGGAGAACAUGGUGAACCUUUUGUAUCCGCCUGUGUGAAAUUCCUGCAAAGACGUUGCCCGCGCAUCAUGGGAGCUGUAAAAGAAGAUAACAUCCCGAAAGCAGCUCAACUUCCUCAUGAAACUCUUGCAACUAUGCUUGCUGUUCUCCAAGUUUGUGCUCGAAACGUAUCGCAAGAGUUGUCAGAUGCCAUCCUGGCAAUGGUUGGAAACUGUAAUCUUUUGAUUAAUAAUUCAAGGCAACCUCCUCCUGGAGUGUUGAGGCAUCGUGGUUUGGAUCAAGCUUUCAAUCCAUUUCCUACUCCACCAGUUGAUUCUAUAACAAAUUUGGGAAGCAGUUUGGCUGGAAUGGGACUUGGAAUGGCGCCUCCUAGCAGUUCGGCUUUUAAUUUGCCAGCUAGCUUGGGACCUUUAGUGUCGACACCAGGAUCUCCUUCCAGAUUGAUUGGUGCUGGACCGUCACAAAGUCCCUUUCCUAUCAUACCUUUAGGAUCUGCUCUUCAGCAUCCAGUAGGUGCUCCACAAGUGGUACCCACUGCUACGUCACUUGUAAAUGUUAAUACCAUUGGAGCCCUUGCUCGUAUACCUCAGCCGGGAGUCGAAAAAGCUCAAACACCCAGCCUUUUUGGAGACAUGCUGCAAACCGUGUCUAAAGAAGUAGAAGAAGAAGCUAACAGUUAUUUUCAGAGAAUAUAUAAUCAUCCACCUCAUCCUACUCUUACAAUCGAAGAAGUAUUAGAAAUGCUUAAAAAAUUUAUGGAGUCUCAGAAUAAGAGAGAAAGAGAAGUAUUUCAUUGUAUGUUGAAAAACCUAUUCGAGGAAUACAGAUUUUUCCCUCAAUAUCCAGAUAAAGAAUUACAUAUUACCGCUCAAUUGUUCGGAGGCAUUAUUGAAAGAGGUUUGGUACCUAGCUACAUGAUUUUGGGUCUUGCUCUAAGAUUUGUCUUAGAUGCUCUUCGCAAGCCUUACGGAAGUAAAAUGUAUUUUUUCGGGAUUGCCGCUCUCGACAGAUUUAAAUUUCGUUUGAAAGAAUUUCAAAAAUAUUGUGAACACGUUGCUAACAUCCCUCAUUUUAGUGAUUUUCCAGCGCAUUUGAUUGAGUAUGUAGAGUACGGACUGCAAUCGCAAGAGCCUCCGAACCGACCACAAGGUCAAGUUUUACCUUCUGCUAUUACGGCAAUUUUGCAGCAAAGUUUAGGACAAACAACUACCAUUUAUAAAACCAUGACAACCACUACUCUGACUACAACUACCACUAUUAGUAAAGUGACUACCACGUCGUCUCUACCUCUUCGUCCAUCCAUAGCAAACGCUACAAAUAUAGAUACACUCCUGGUUGCGACCGAAAAAGAAGAAAAAAUGACCGCUCCACCUGAUACCAUGCAGGAUAAAGUUGCGUUCAUAUUCAACAAUUUAAGUCAAUUGAAUUUACAAUCGAAAUGCGACGAAUUGCGAGAACUUGUGACAGAAGAAUACUGGCCUUGGAUGUCUCAGUACCUCGUCAUGAAACGAGCCAGCAUCGAGUUAAAUUUUCACGUAUUGUACUCUAAUUUUCUGGACGUCUUGAAAAUUCCAGAAGUGAAUCGUAUGGUGUUACGCGAGACGUACCGAAACAUAAAAGUAUUGUUGCGUAGCGACAAAGGCAUAGCUAACUUUUCCGACAGGUCGCUUUUAAAAAAUUUGGGACAUUGGUUAGGAAUGUUAACAUUGGGUCGAAAUCAACCUAUUUUAUUUGUUGAUAUCGAUGUGAAAAGUUUACUCGUCGAAGCCUAUCACAAGGGUCAACAAGAAUUGCUUUACGUCGUUCCUUUUGUGGCAAAAGUUUUAGAAUCAUGCGCGAAAAGCAAAAUUUUCAAGCCGACAAAUCCUUGGACAAUGGCAAUUAUGAACUUAUUGUCGGAACUUCAUUGCGAACCCGAUUUAAAAUUGAACUUGAAAUUUGAAAUUGAAGUUUUAUGUAAAAAUUUGGAUAUAGACGUUAAAAAAUUAAAACCCUCGGGAUAUUUGAAGGAUCCAAAACAACUGGAACUUUUGGAGCACCAAUUAAGUCAUCCGAGCAAAAAAUCAGAAAAUCAACAAAGUGCUCCAUCGCAACUGCAGACACAAACUGCUUCUCAGAGUAACGUAUUAUCGAAUGCUGAUGAAAUCACAAAUGCAACCACUGUGGCGCCAGCAACUUCGGUGGCACCAACAACGACGACCCCCAUGUCAAAUAUCCCUCCCGGACCACCAGAACCUCGUUUUAAUUACAUGGAUUUGAAUGUGUCUAGCGUUUCUAAUUUAACUCCUCAUAUCACCAUAAACAGCCAAUUACAGUUAUUUCAAGCUCACCCUCACUUGAAGCAACUCGUCGUUAGUGCCGUCGAGAGAGCUGUGCAAGAUUGGAUUCAUCCGGUGGUAGAACGCUCGAUAAAAAUUGCCGUCUCCACUUGCGAAUAUGUUGUAAAACAAGAUUUUGCGGUUGAUCCAGACGAAUCACGUAUGCGAAUUGCUGCCCAUCACAUGGUUCGAAAUUUGACCGCGGGCAUGGCUAUGAUUACCUGUAGAGAUCACAUGAUAACUUCAAUAAGUGCAAAUUUGAAAACUGCUUUUGCUAACGCCUUGCAAGGUGCCACUCCUCAGCAACGUGAAUUGGCAGAUUCGGUUGCGACUAGCAUUGCCGAAGACAAUAUGGAAUUGGCUUGUGCUUUUAUACAAAAGGCCGCCAUUGAAAAAGCCAUUCCCGAAAUUGAUAAAAGAUUGUUGUCGGAAUACGAAUUACGUAAAAUAGCGAGAAACGAAGGUAGAAGAUAUUGCGAUUCUCAAGUUCUUACAUAUCAAGCUGAAAGAAUGCCCGAACAAAUUCGACUUAAAGUAGGAGGAGUUAAUAGUCAAAGAAUGAUUGUUUAUGAUUUUUUUGCUCGAAAUAUUCCUGGAUUUUUGCCACUGUCAGAUAGAGAUACUGCUUUGUUCAUACCGAAACCUGUUUCCGAAUCUCAUACGGUUACGGCCUUUCAAACAAGUAAUCCGACUCAAAUCGCGUAUCAAAACGAUGAAAUCGGUCCUCUGUAUGAUAAAUUAGCGUCAGAGUUAGAUUUAUGUUUCCAAAAUGCUUUGGCAACCCCCGGAGUCAUAGCUACCGCUAAUCCUCAAAUAGCAGCAAUACAAAGUUUAAGAGAUGCCUUACUCAUUGCAAAAAGGUCUAGAGACCCAACUUCGGCUUUGGCAUUACUUCAAAAAGCCGUCGAAGGUCUCCUAGACGGAGUUCCUCAAAUGUCAAACGUUGAUCCCGAUCUUACAUUACGAUUCAGAGAAGCUCAUCUCCGAGUUCUCAAAGGUCUUCAAGAUCCCAGAAUGUACGGAGUUCAAUGGACUAAUAAGCACAUAACGAGAUGUUUGCUCGAAUGCAGAGAAGAAUGGCGUUACAAUUUAGAAGCUGUAGAUUGUUUGAUCCGUUCUGGUUUGGUCAAUUUUAAUCAACUUAAUAAUUUACUUGAAGCCAUGAGAGCAACUCACGAUCCGACGACAUUAACCGAUUUGGCUCCUCCCGGACCGUUGGGUCACAUUCAUUCUGGAAUUAUGCAAGUUCGACAAAGGGAAUACGACGAUCCUCAAGGAUUUCCUGAAAAAACUGAUUUCUUGUUAAGGGAUUGGUUACACGUUUACUACAGUACUCGUGACGUAGGAAAGUCUUUUAACAUGUUCGUGCAUCAGAUGAAUUACCAUGGAAUAUUGAAAACGGAUGAAUUGAUAACAAAAUUUUUCCGAAUUUCCACGCAAUUUUCCGUCGACAUGUGUUACCGAACGCUGAGUGAAAUGCCCAAUUCUCCGAGUUUGGUUCGAGCCAAGUGCUUUCGCACGUUUGAUGCUUUUGGCAAAUUGAUUGCUUUACUAGUCAAACACAGCGGAGAUUCUGGAAACAACAGCACAAAAAUGAAUUUAUUAAACAAAGUAUUGGGAAUCGUGACCGGGUGUUUGCUGUUGGAUCACGAAGUUCGCGGUACCGAAUUCCAUCAUUUACCCUACCAAAGAAUUUACAUAAUAUUGUUCCUCGAAUUGAAUCAACCCGAGCCUUUGUUAGAGGCUAUCAAUUUUCAGGUUUUGACAUCUUAUUGUCACGUGAUGCACUUAAUAAGACCUACAAAAGCUCCAGGUUUUGCGUACGCAUGGUUGGAAUUGAUUUCUCACAGAGUUUUUAUCGGACGAAUAUUAGCUCUUACCCCUCAGCAAAAGGGUUGGAACAUGUAUUCGCAACUUUUGAUUGAUUUGUUCAAAUUCUUGGCUCCGUUUUUGAGAAAUGCGGAAAUGGCAAAACCCGUCACCAUGUUGUACAAAGGAACUUUACGAGUCCUUUUGGUACUUUUACACGAUUUCCCAGAGUUUCUUUGCGAUUACCACUACGCUUUUUGCGACGUGAUACCAUCUAAUUGCAUUCAGAUGAGAAAUUUGAUUUUGUCCGCUUAUCCUCGAAACAUGAGAUUACCCGAUCCGUUCACUCCCAAUUUAAGAGUGGAAGUUUUGUCCGAAAUAACGAUACCGCCAAAGAUACUAUCCAAUUACGCAUCCAUGAUCACUCCGAUUUCAUUUAAAAAAGAUCUUGAUUCGUACCUGAAACAGCGGUCGCCUGUUACCUUUUUAUCUGAUCUCAGAAGCAAUUUGCAAAUAUCUAACGAACCAGGAAUGAGUUACAAUAUUCCACUGAUGAACGCUUUGGUUCUCUACGUGGGAACUCAAGCGAUUCAACACAUUCGGAGCAAAGGUUUGACACCAAACAUGUCGACGAUCGCAAGUUCGGCUCACAUGGAUAUUUUCCAGAAUUUAGGAGUUGAUUUGGAUACUGAAGGGAGAUAUUUGUUUUUAAAUGCGAUUGCUAAUCAGCUUCGAUAUCCGAAUAUUCAUACGCAUUAUUUCAGUUGUACACUAUUGUAUCUUUUUGCGGAGUCAAACACGGAGUCGAUUCAAGAGCAAAUAACGAGGGUUUUAUUAGAAAGACUCAUUGUGAAUCGUCCUCAUCCCUGGGGACUCUUGAUCACUUUUAUCGAACUCAUUAAAAACCCGAGUUAUAAAUUUUGGAACCACGAAUUUGUACACUGCGCUCCAGAAAUUGAAAAGUUAUUCGAAUCUGUCGCCAGGUCUUGUAUGGUUCCAAAACAAGUGAAUCAACAACAAGAAAACGACAUUGGCGAACCUCUGGCCGUAUGA